AUGAGUGCCAACGUGAAGCUCGGAAGGACUCUUGCUAGGUUCCAUGCCCGUAUUGAAGCGGGGGAUUAUUACGAAGCUCAUCAAACUCUAAGGACGAUCGCUAACCGGUACGUGAGAAGUAAGAACUACCGAGAGGCAAUUGACUUAAUAACCGAAGGGGCACAAGCACUUCUUGGCGCAAAGCAAGGUGGAUCAGCAACAGAUUUGAUCUUUUAUUUGCUGGAAGUUUAUAACGUUGCAGAAGUGAAAGUCGAGGAUGUCUCUGUUUCCCGACUGGUGCGCCUGCUGGCUCUUCUGGAUGCCGAAGAGCCUAAUAUGAAGGACGUUAUAACGGGGAUGAACAACUGGUCAGUCAAGUUCGGCAACUGCAAGUUCGGCGACCCAUACCUGCACUCAGUAAUUGGCUCCAAGCUCGUCGAGGGGGGACAUGUUUACGAAGCGGAACGGUACCUUACUCUUGGAACACAUGACUCGCUGGACAAGUACUUGGACCUGAUCUGGGAAUGGUACUUGCAGAGCGGUGAUCGUGAGGCUGUGGGUGACUUCUUUUCUCGUUUGAUCUUCAACUACCUCUUUAUUGGAAAUGUGCAAAACGCUGAGCAAGCAAAACAAAAGUUUCUGGCCAAGUUUAUUGAGAACUUCAACCCCAAGUACGAACUGAUAGACAGAGGCGAAUUCAAAACAUACUGUUUCGAGGACUAUCCUGAACUAAACUUUCUUCAGCUGCUUCCAUAUUCAUGUCAAACGAAGAACGCCGAUUUAUUCGACUUCUUGAAAAAGCAUUAUGCAGGCUCAAGUGAGCGUUAUGGCAGCGAACUCGAUUACCUUGGUCAGGAGUACUUUGGGAUCGUUGUUCAAAAACCUAUGAACUUUAUGCAAGAUAUUCUAGCAGGGAUUCUGGGUGGUAAAUAG